AUGUCCAUCAUCCUUCCAGUCCUUGUCUUUGGUCUCGCGCUCCAGCGUUUAGAGAAGCUCGACUCCCUGAGCGAGGGGAACCAGUCUGUGUGGAACUUUAUCAAUGGGUCGGUGAAGACCAGGAUUUACGCGACCGAGGCAAAUAGUUCUGCAAUUUCCUUUGGUGUCCAGCAAUAUGCUCGUGUAUGCCAAAAUCCGAAGUUGCCACAGAUUGUGUAUCAGGUCGGCACCCAGCGUUCUAUGGACUCUUUCGCGGCCGUGGAGUUCUGGGGCACCUGGGAAAAGGCGAAGGUGUAG